UAUAUAAUACAUAUAUAAAUUAGUGUAUUGUUAGUCGAAUCAAGGGAUGGCCGGAGGAGCACUGGCAGACGCCGGAACCCUAAAGAGGGCUCAUCUCUAUGAGUAUCGAAUCACUGGUUACUUCAUCUUCGCUUGCAUUGUCGGAUCCAUGGGAGGCUCUCUCUUCGGCUACGACCUCGGCGUCUCUGGUGGGGUGACAUCGAUGGACGAUUUCUUGAUAGAGUUCUUCCCUGACAUCUACAGAAGAAAGCAGAUGCAUCUGCGAGAGACAGAUUACUGCAAAUACGACAAUCAGAUCCUAACUCUCUUCACGUCUUCGCUCUACUUCGCGGGUCUUGUCUCGACGUUCGCGGCCUCUUAUGUAACCAGAAGUUACGGCCGGAGAGGAAGCAUCAUCGUCGGUUCCAUCAGCUUCUUCCUCGGAGGAGUCGUUAAUGCAGCGGCCAAGAACAUCUUCAUGUUGAUCCUCGGACGUAUCUUCCUCGGCAUCGGAAUUGGGUUCGGUAACCAAGCGGUACCGCUAUACCUCUCGGAGAUGGCUCCUGCAAAGGUGAGAGGAACAGUGAAUCAGCUCUUCCAGCUCACGACCUGUCUCGGUAUCCUCAUCGCCAACUUGAUAAACUACGGAACCGAGAAAAUCCAUCCGUGGGGAUGGCGACUCUCCCUCGGCCUGGCCACUUUCCCGGCCACUCUCAUGUUCCUAGGAGGCAUCAUCCUUCCGGAAACACCGAACAGCCUCGUGGAGCAAGGAAAGCUCGACAAAGCCAGAGCCGUCCUGAUAAAGGUACGAGGAACAGAAAACAUAGACGCGGAACUGCAGGAUCUGGUCGAGGCCAGCGAGUCGGCGAGGGCGGUGAAACACCCUUUCAAGAACCUCUUGUCUCGAAAGAACAGACCUCAGUUUGUGAUCGGAGCGUUAGGGAUACCGGCGUUCCAGCAGCUGACAGGGAUGAACUCGAUUCUGUUCUACGCUCCUGUCAUGUUCCAGAGCUUAGGGUUCGGUGGCUCGGCCGCGUUGAUAUCGUCCACCGUGACAAAUGGCGCGCUCGUUGUGGCGGCGAUGAUGUCGAUGUAUAUGGCUGACAGGUUCGGCAGAAGGUUUCUUCUGCUCGAAGCCAGUGUUGAAAUGUUCUCCUACAUGAUCAUAGUCGGUGUAACACUAGCGCUGAAAUUCGGAGAAGGCAAGGAACUGCCGAAAGCACUCGGGUUGUUCAUAGUGAUCAUCAUCUGUCUGUUCGUACUUGCGUACGGACGGUCGUGGGGGCCGAUGGGAUGGUUAGUUCCGAGCGAACUCUUCCCAUUAGAGACGAGAUCGGCCGGACAGAGCGUUGUCGUGUGCGUAAACCUCCUCUUCACCGCACUGAUCGCGCAGUGCUUCCUCGUGUCUCUGUGCCAUCUCAAGUACGGAAUAUUCUUGCUGUUCGCCGGACUUGUCUUCGUGAUGGGGAGUUUCAUCUUCUUUCUGCUGCCCGAGACCAAACAGGUUCCCAUUGAAGAGGUUUAUUUGCUGUGGAGACAACACUGGUUCUGGAGCAAGAUUGUCGGAGACAGCGGCGAUAUGAAUCAGAGCUAGGGCAAGUUCGUUUUCUAGGGUUUCUGUUGUUUUGUUUCAUCUUCUUUGUGUGUUUUCCCCCCUAUGAAUUCUUGUUGU